AUGGGCUUCCGUUUUCCUGGUGUAGUUCAUGCUAAGCAACUUAUUCAGAAGCCUUUUUCUAGUGCAAAAGAUGUUCCAAAAGGCUAUUUGGCAGUUUAUGUUGGGAAGAACAAAAUGACAAGAUUUGUGAUCCCUGUGUCGUACUUGAACCACCAUUCAUUCCAAGAGUUGCUAUGUCGAGCUGAAGAAGAAUUCGGAUUUGAUCAUCCAAUGGGCGCUCUAACAAUUCCCUGCAGUGAAGAAGCUUUCAUCAAUCUUGUCUCUAGCUUAAAUGUCUGA